CAUAGGUUCCCUCACACUUGACGCCAGAUUCUUAAGAUACUUGUCUUGUAUCAGAUUCUUGAGAUACCAUGAAUAAAUAAUACGGAGUAAUUAAUUAAAAACCAUAUUCCGCUCUCGCCGGCACUUCCACUUUCUGUUUUCAUAUAUACAUACACAUCGAUUAUAUCUAUAUAUAUCCGCAUGAUUAUACCAGCUUAGUCAGUAGUGUCACCAAUUGGCCGGUGUCAAUAUCAGUUGGAGGAAGCAAGGAAGAAUUGGAUGGCUACAGAUGAAGAAUCACCACUGGUUGGUCAUCAUGAUCAAACGGUUAAUCAUUGGAGAGAUAUUCAUAUUCUAAGUUGGGCCUUUCUGUUGAUUUUUUUGGCAUAUGGUGCUGCUCAGAAUCUGCAGAGCACACUUAAUACUGAUGGAGAUAUUGGAACGAUCUCACUCGGUAUAUUGUAUACAUCGUUCACUGUUUCUUCACUGUUUGCCUCUACGGUGGUUAGAAAGCUCGGGUCAAAGAACUCUCUGCUCCUUGGUACGACAGGUUAUUGGCUGUACAUAGCUGCGAAUUUAAAACCAUCCUGGUAUACAAUGGUGCCAGCUUCCUUGUACCUGGGGUUUGCUGCUGCUAUUUUAUGGGUUGGGGAGGGUACAUAUCUUACUUCCACUGCACGUAGUCAGGCAAAUGAUCACAAGCUACAUGAAGGAACUGUUAUUGGGCACUUCAAUGGCGAAUUUUGGGGAAUUUUCGCUGGUCACCAGCUCGUUGGAAAUCUUUUGACUCUUGCUCUGUUGAAGGAUGGAGCGGAGGGAAGUACCAGUGGCACAACAUUACUUUUUACUGUCUUUCUGGGUAGCAUGACACUGGGAACUGUUCUGAUGGCUUUUUUAAAGAAAAGGGAUGGUGAAGAAACAGAGGGAGAGAUAGAUUCUUCCUAUAGUUUCUAUACUGCCUUAGUAUCUUUGUGGAAGCAAGUGAUAACGCCUUUGUGUGACUUGAGGCUGUUACUGAUCGUCCCACUUAUAGCAUUUUCUGGUCUACAACAAGCAUUUGUAUGGGCUGAGUUUACGAAGUAUUACGUUCAACCGUCUCUUGGAGAGUCCGGCGUUGGCGGUGCUAUGGCUGUAUAUGGGCUUUUUGAUGCAAUUUGUUCUCUAGCGGCUGGUCGGUUCACCUCAGGUCUCACUUCUAUCACUUUGAUCGUUUCUGGUGGAGCAGUUCUUCAGGGUGGUAUACUGAUCUGGUUGUUAAAUUACAGUGAACCUACUGGCAUCCUUAGCGUAGUAUAUCCACUCCUCAUUGCGGCGAUAUGGGGAAUUGGUGAUGGUGUGCUUAUGACACAACUUAAUGCUUUGCUGGCAAUGCUCUUUAAGCAUAACAUGGAAGGAACUUUUGCUCAACUCAAGCUCUGGCAGAGUGCUUCAAUAGCAGUUGUAUUCUUUUUGAGUCCAUACAUCUCGCUACAAGCCAUGUUAUUUCUUAUGCUUGCAGCACUGGUCUUGUCAUUAGCUGGCUUCCUCUAUCUCGUGCUCAAAGUAGAGAAGGUGUUCUCCUCUGAUCUGGCUUGAUACAUGUCUGCCAUUUGAAAAUCGGGUGCUCAUUGUUCCCUUUUUCUGUUGUUAUUCAUCUUUUUGUAAGGUUGUAGCAACUGUUUAUUCUAAACGAAAGCCCGCUUCCCAGUUGUUAUUUAUCAUUCUGUAUGGUUGUAACAACUGUUUAUUCUCCUCAAGCAGUAAUAUUUCAAGUUUCUGUUGUGUCA